ACAGAACCUGCCGAAGUUCAACGUUUUCGACCCAUCCUUCCACAACUCACAGUUACAGGAAAUAGCAUAAUUCUCAAAGAUGAAAGGACCAUCCUUCCGACUAAGCUCCAAGAAAAAGCUAUCCAGAUUGCACACAAGGGAGCCCAUCCUGGACAGGAGGGGUUGAAGCGACGGCUUAGAUAUCAUUUCUUCUUCCACGGCAUGGAUAAGAAGGUGGAAGAGUUUGUAAAGUCAUGCAGUGACUGCAAUGUAUUUGUGGAUAAGAAGACGAAGGAGCCGAUCAAACCACACCGAGUACCAGAGAAGUGUUGGGAAACAGUUGCAGUGGAUUUAUUCGGACCAAUGCCAUCAUCUAAACAUGUGGUGGUAGUAUAA